GCCUUAUAAUAAAACGCUUUUCGAAGGUGUCCGUCUGCCGUACUCGGCGAUAUGCAACCGUCUCUGGUGGCAGUUCCGCACAUUCCCAUUCUCGGACACUGAGAACACGUGCGUGUGGAAGACCACCCUCACGUUCGGUGACGCCGUGUGCGAGAUCUGGGGACCGCUGCUGCAAGGGAGGACGCUGCUUAUCCUGUCCAAGGAGACCACGCGCAAUCCUCAGAAAUUGGUGCAGGUUUUGGCUGAAAAUCAAGUGGAACGCUUAGUCCUGGUGCCAACGUUACUCCAGUCUAUUCUCAUGUAUCUGUCACUGAAUCGGUCAGAACGACGUCUACACCGGCUCAAGCUGUGGGUCUGCUCCGGGGAGACACUGAGUAAGGAGUUAGCUGCGAAGUUCUUCCAAUACUUCGGUGACCACGACGGCUUCAAGCUUGCCAACUUCUACGGAAGCACGGAGGUCAUGGGCGAUGCAACGUAUUACGUAAUGGAGAAAUAUUCGCAGAUAGAUCUGUUUCCCACAAUUCCUAUAGGAAGACCAGUGGAUAACUGCGCUGUCUUCCUAUUGGACGAGGAGAUGAAGCCGUCUCGAGAGACAGACACUGGCGAGAUUUGGGUGGCAGGGCAGAACCUCGCUCGAGGCUACGUGGGCGGUCAGGCUCCUGAGAAGUUCUGCAACAACCCACACGCUUCACAUCCAGAUUACAGCCGCAUUUAUCGUACGGGAGACUACGGUGUUCUGUGCAAAGGUGUGAUUCUGUACGCGGGCAGAACAGACUCGCAGAUCAAGAUAAGAGGGCACAGAGUGGACUUGCAAGAAGUUGAUAGGGCUGUCGCGGCAAUCCAAGGAGUUGAGAGAGGUGUCGUAUUGAGCUAUGGGCAACAAUAUGAGAAUCCUGAGAUCCUGGCGUUUGUGAAGCUUGGCCCUAACGUGCGUCUCAACGUACAGAGGAUUGAGAGCGCGCUGAAGGACGUGCUGACAGACUACAUGAUACCUCAGGUGAUAGUAGUAGAACAUAUACCGCUUCUUUCGAGUGGUAAAGUGGAUAGACAACAGCUGCUGAAGAUGUACGAGAACACAAACAAUAAUGAUGAUACAACAAUAUAUCUGGACUACGAUUAUUGCGACGUGAAACCUGAAGAUAUGGAAGCAGCCCGUGCUUUGUUUGAGACGGUUGGAGAAGUUCUGGGCAGGUCGGCGCGAGGAGCAAUAUCUUUGAGUGCCGGCUUCUAUGAGCUGGGGGGAAACUCUCUCAAUUCCAUAUUGACCAUCACCAAGUUGAGGGAUAAAGGAUUUUACAUUGAAAUAAGUGCCUUUCUUGGCGCAUCGAGUCUGGGAGAAGUGCUGCGUCAUAUGUCAACCUCACCUGGUGGUACGGAGGAGUCAGAGUCACCCAAGUUUGAUGUGGUGCGGAUGAGACAUGAACACAAAAACCGAGUUAUAGAAAUGAUAGUUUCGUCGUUCUACGAGAAAUCGGAACUAGAGAGGCUCCGGCACUGUGACGUCGAUAGGUGGGACUACGCACACUUCAUCGAAGUCUAUUGGGAAGCACUUUUGCUUGCGGACCUCAGCGUGGUGCUGACAAACAAUGAUGGCACACCCGUCGCUGUUGUACUGAACUUUGACGCAAGAGAUGAACCGGACGUAGAGUUCACUUGGGGAAUGGCAAAAAUCAUGGCGUUCUUUGAGUUCUUGGAGGGAAAAGUGAGAGACACAAUGCUGCCAAAAGGAAAAGGUGCUAUUCUCAACUCGAUCAUGAUGGCAACCUGUUCCAGUCUAAGUCCCGCUGACAACGUGGCAGCUAUUCGCCAGCUGGAGAUCGCGACAGUGAACAUCGCUCGGGAGAGGCGGUUUCUUGGUGUUUUCGCCACGAAUACCAGCCCAUUGACACAGCAACUCGGCAGAGAUGUACUCGGCUUCCAGAUUCUUCUAGACUACCAAGUCAACAAGUACGUAGACCCCAACGGCGACAGACUCUUCGCAAUGGCCCCAGACGAUCUACGGGCUAUGGUGGUUUGGAAGCCAGUGGAAUAACGCUUAAUAUUACUGACAGUAUAUUUAUACCUUUUGUUAACAUUCAAAUAAUAAAAAUACCUAUGGAUAA